UGCAUCACUAAUGAGCAUAUGACACGGAAACUUCACACUAUGGCUGCCGCCUGUGUGACAGGGAGUCGCCACACGUUUCAUUUGAAGUCAAAGCUAAUAAUCUUCCGAGGCGAUAAGGAAGGCACAGGCGGUCACGUGGGAAAUAUAGAUGGUAUGAAUCUGUAAAAAAAAACAUGGAGAUACAUGUGACUGACCCCAAGAAUGUUUUCUUUUCUCUCCUCUCUGCACAGUGGGAUGCCAUUAACGAGAUGGACGAGUACUUCAGCCCCAUCCACACGUACCAGGUCUGUAACGUGAUGAGCCCCAGCCAGAACAACUGGCUGAGGACGAGCUGGCUCCCCCGAGACGGAGCGAGGAGGAUCUACAUCGAGGUCAAGUUCACCCUGAGAGACUGCAACAGCAUGCCUGGAGUACUGGGCACCUGCAAGGAAACCUUCAACCUGUACUACUACGAGUCUGACAGAGCAGUGGGCUCGGCCGUACGGGAGAACCAGUUCAUCAAGAUCGACACCAUCGCUGCUGACGAGAGCUUCACGGGGGUGGACCUGGGAGUCCGCAGACUCAAACUCAACACCGAGGUGCGAGGCGUGGGCCCCCUCAGCAGACGGGGCUUCUACCUGGCCUUCCAGGACAUCGGCGCCUGCAUUGCCCUCACCUCCGUGCGGGUGUACUACAAGCGCUGUGUGGGCGUGAGCCGCAACCUGGCAGUGUUCACCGAUGUGGUGACGGGUGCCGACUCGUCCUCCCUGGUGGAGGUCAGGGGUCAGUGUGUGGACCACGCGGAGGAGAGGGACACGCCCAAGAUGUACUGCAGUGCGGAGGGCGAGUGGCUGGUGCCCAUCGGAAGAUGCGUGUGCUCUGCCGGAUUCGAGGAACACACAGACUCCUGCGUGGGUGAGUUGACUCAGGGUGUUUGAUUCUCUGCCCAGAACCCAGUCGGGCCGAUCCGGGCUGUCAUUUUUCAAAUUUCCCGCUGGGCUUGGUUCGAUUAGGGUUCACCCCAAUUUUCCUGUGUUUUAAAUUUUUUUUUAAUUUAAUGACCUUUUGGUCUGUGUCAUGUCAUGAAUUAUUGUUAAGUUAUAGUUGUAGUUUUUGGGCUGUGUUGAACAUUCAAUUCAGAGACAGGCGCAUGUCGGAGAUCCAACAGAAAUAUCUGUUUAGUGUUACCUGAAUAACAAUUUUAUUUUCGCACCCAACAUGGACACCCCAAACCCCCCCAGUCACUCUAGGCUAUGUUUCAGUCAAAAUCAUAUAUUGUAUUAGUGUACGAGUAUGUUUUCUUUAUUGAUUUAUUUGAAUGAUUAGAGAGGCUGCUUCUCUCAGUAAUUGUUAACGUUUGUAUGCGCACAAUAAUGUCACUGCAGCAAAUAUCGUGGGACGUUUAUGAGCAGCAAAAACUGUAGUUAUAAACAUGGCAAAUGAAACAACUAAACAUUAAGCCUCAGAAAAAAAAAAGUAUGAAAUUACGCUGCUAUAUACUUUAAUCUAUAUUCAUAAAAAUAUACUUAUUUUUUACAAUGGAAAUUAGUUUUUUUAAAAUCUG